CUAAUCUGCAUUAAGAGACUGUUCUCUUUUCUUCUAUUGAUAAUCUUCUGGAUGUGGAGUUCAAGGGAUGCGGUUGUAUAUCUUUCUCUAUGCACUUCUUGUAGAAUUAUUAAGGUGGCAGUAGUUUCUUUCAUGAGCCCCAUUUCCCAUUGCUCUGACUUUCAUCUCAUGUCUAGAUUUUCCUGUACAUGCUUAUUUACUGCUGGGUUUAGAGUUCCACCAGUUCAGCGAAGGUCUCCAAAUGGACACUUUGCUGCAAAGGUAAUGGGAUUUAUUGCUUCUAAACUGCAAAGACUGGGGUCCUAUGUCAUUGUUAAGAGUUAUUGCUCCAUCGGUUAUAUUCUAUUCCACGGAUAUAUCUCCAAAACUUCAAUGGCCACAACAUAAGUUGGGACUUGCAUAAGAAAAUUUAUACGGAAAGUAAUGAUACCGGAUAUUUCAUUAGUUGAAAUUUGUUGGAGUAAAUCUCUGGAUAAGGUUAAGUGGUUAUUUCCACAACUACAGUAAGGUUGUUGGUUUGUUGCGAACUUUCAGGAGAAUAAUUGGCAGAAUCAACAGAAUAAUCAGUUUGUUUCAGAUUUCAUGCUGCCGUUGAUUGUCAAGUUGCUGCCACAGAUUUCCAAGCAUGCUGCCAAGGGUGUUUACUGCUAUAAAGAUGCAAAGAAGAAACGAAGCGAAGAAGACCAGCCUCUCACACAACUAGCCCAGCGCUAUCUACAUUUUAAUUU